AUGUGGGAGGAAAAUAUCACUUAUAUUAGUGAGUUUAUCCUUGUGGGCUUCCCUACUUCCUCUUGGCUGCAAACACUGCUCUUCUUCUUCUUCCUCAUCACUUACCUACUUGUGCUGUUGGAGAAUUUGGUCAUCAUCCUCACCGUAUGGGUCACUAGCUCCCUACAUAAGCCCAUGUACUAUUUUCUGGGUACCAUGUCCUUUUUGGAGACAUGGUAUAUAUCUGUCACAGUCCCCAAGAUGUUGACUGGAUUCUUACUUCAUCCCAAUACCAUUUCCUUCUUGGGAUGCAUGACCCAGCUCUAUUUCUUCAUCUCACUCGCCUGUACUGAAUGUGUGCUGCUGGCCGCCAUGUCCUAUGACCGUUAUGUGGCCAUAUGUUGGCCUCUCCGCUACCCUGCCAUGAUGACCCCAGGGGUUUGUGUUCAGCUGACCAUCAGUUCGUGGGUGAGUGGCUUCACUAUCUCCAUGGCAAAAGUUUAUUUCAUCUCCCAAGUUGCCUUCUGUGGCAAUAACAUCUUGAACCAUUUUUUCUGUGAUGUGUCCCCCAUCCUCAAACUGGCCUGCAAGGACUUUAUAAUGGCUGAGAUGGUAGACUUUGCAUUAGCCAUCGUCAUCCUUGUGUUUCCUCUCUCAGCCACUGUCCUUUCCUAUGCUUUCAUUGUUGCGACCAUCCUGCGUAUUCCCUCAGCCUCGGGGCAGCGAAAGGCCUUCUCUACCUGUGCCUCUCACCUCACAGUGGUCAUCAUAUUCUACACGGCUGUGAUCUUCAUGUAUGUCCGACCUCGUGCCAUUGCUUCAUUCAAUUCUAACAAACUGAUCUCUGCCAUCUAUGCAGUCUUUACUCCCAUGCUUAACCCUGUUAUCUACUGCCUGAGGAAUAAGGAGGUCAAAAAUGCCAUCAGAAAAACCAUGACAAGUGGCCGAGCUCUUUUCUUGAGAGAUCCUCUUUGA